CGCGCCCCUCAGCACCGCAUGCGGGCCGCCCCCGCAGCCAGAAAAGCGCCGCUGCCUCGGGGCAGGCUUUAGUAGAGCAAGGGGCGGACUGGCCCAGCCGCACCUUUCCCCCCCUCCCGCCUUUUUCCUCGGCAGCGGUGCUGGAGAGGAGAGUGCGGCUCCUGGAGCGAGGGCGUGCGAGGCUGAGGAGCUGCUGUGGCCCCACACUGCUUUGGUUAAACUGACGCAAAUAUGCUUCCCGGAUGCGGUGAAGGUUAAUGCUGUUAGAUGCAAGCUAAAUAGAAGAGAUUACAAAGUAAUAUAAGUUUACUACAAGUAGAGAGCCAAUGGCAGUUUUACUCAGACUUUGUCACUGUAACAGAAGGACUGGCUGUAAGAUGGAACUGCCUGAUUUUGCUGUUGCUGUUUGGAUGUUCGUUUGCUUCUGUGCACCUGUGGGUGGCUAUCCAAAUGGAAAAGUAAGAGAAGCCUGCACUAGCAUGGUGCCCUGUCAUGGUAGCUCUCCUCAACUGUCACCUGAGCACACCAUUACAGUGAAUGGGACUGAAUUUAAAGCAGGGGACCACAUAGAAGUUCAUCUCUCUGGACCAGAUUUUGAAGGAUUUUUCAUCCAAGCCCGUGAUGCAGAACACCUGGAUAGGCCUGCAAUAGGUUCUUUUGUGUUAGCUGACCGGAGACGUUCUCAGCUUCUGACGUGUGGUCGUACCAAGAAUUCAGCUGUCAGUCACACAAGUAAAGCAAAAAAGAAAGACAUAAAAGUUUAUUGGAUUGCUCCUGGAGAUGCUCCAAAACAUGUACAGUUUCUAGCCACAGUUGUGAAGAAAUACAGGAUUUUCUGGGUAAAGAUUCCAGGUCCCAUUGUUUCUCAGCCUGAUGCACUGUCCCCAACACCAUCUUUGCCUGCAAUAUCAGAGGCUAUGUCAACUUCAUACCCAGUUUCCUACAUAUCAAAGCCAGUAAGUAAGGAUAAACCUAAAUCAAGCUCUCUUGUGAUGAAUGGAGUUUAA